AUGUCUCUAGAUCAUCCUCUCAGCCAUCUAUUCCGUCGUCGGAGCUCGGACCCCGCAGAAAUCGUCCAACAGAAACGGGGUCGACGCAAGCGACAGGAUGAUGAACCACCACCACGUGCCCUCAUCCGGUGCUUUGCAGACUUUCAUACAAUCAGAGAAUACGAUAAAACUGACACAUGGGAGCAAGAUGUGUUCUUCUACUUCACAAAAACCGACGAGGUCUUCUGGAGCUGUACAAAAAGGCCAUUUCGGAGACUGGCCGGCUGGAAGGGCGCCCUGAAGCGCAUCCCCGACCACACGAUUUACCCCAGGGCCCCCAAAUCCGCGCACCUGACCAUCGCGCCCGAGGAUGCGGUAGCCAGCAACCCUGAAUUGUUCCACGUGAAGCGCCCCAACUUGUGGUUUUAUGAAGAGCAUCCCGACCUGCCCUGGCGUUGGCAGCUCCUCCUCGCCGAAACAUUCGUCUUGGAGGCCCUCGCCGGAUCCAAAGCCCAGCUGCCUGCUCACCCAAAUAUCAUCCGGUACCAUGGGUGCCGCGUGUACCGUGGAUACAUCACGGCCAUUGUCCUUGAGCGCCUAGAGUACGACCUGGAACAAUAUGUCAAAGAGGUCGGGUCUCGCAUGAUUGACAAGCAAAGCUUCCUCGCCAAGCUUAGGUCCGCAGUGGACUACAUGCACUCCCUCGGGCUUGCCCAUAAUGAUAUCAAACCGAAGAACAUCAUGGUCAGGGAGAUACCAGAUGGGCCGCCGGAGCCAGUGCUGGUUGACUUUGGGUCGUGUGCGCCGUUUGGUUGUCGAGUGUGGAACGGGGGUACCCCGGGGUGGUAUGAGGAGGAUUUCAACACGUCGGCCAAGACGCAUGAUACUUAUUCCUUAGGUAAGUUGGAAGAGUGGUUGGACAAUUUGGAGACUGCGGGCAGUAAGGAGGAAUCUUGA